AUGAGAAACGAGGGAGAAGAUAGGAUUAGCGCGUUGCCAGACGAAAUUCUGUGUGAGAUACUUUCGUUAAUUCCAAGCAAAGAAGCCACACGCACGUGCGUUUUAUCAAGCAGGUGGAGAUCCCUUUGGAGAAUGGUUCCAGCCUUUGACUUCGUGCUCAUGCCAUCACACACCCCCGACAACUUAUUCUUAAUAAUCGACAACUUCAUGAGUCAACGGACGACACAGAGAAUAACGAGGUUCAGUUUCGAAUGCAAAAAACACUUACGUCGUUUUCCUAAUGUCAAAGAACAAUGGAUUUCCGCCGCUGUAGCCGGAAAAGUUGAAUCCCUCAACAUCACCUUGUGCAUGAGCUUUUACAACGUGGGACUCUGCAUGUGUCGCGUGCUGCCCCUGCCCGAUAGCUUGUUCACGUGCGCAACACUCGUGACGUUGAAGCUUAAGGGGCGGGGUGAUCUCCACGCGAUUCCUUCUUCUGUUUAUCUUCCCUCUCUCAAGAAUUUGGAACUCAUAGUGAAAUAUAUUGAGAGAACCGUUUUGUGGAGGAUUCUAUGUGGGUGUCCUGCUAUUGAAACGUUUGAUGUGAGUAGAAUAUUUGUUAAUAGGUUAAGCAAGCGGUUGAGAUUGGUGCGAAACUCUCGUGGUAACAAGCUUUUGAUAUUAGGGCACCGUCUUGUUGAAAUACGAAGUGAUUGUGAUCAUGAUUAUGUGAGGGACUGUUUGUUUGAGGAUUUGAAAAACGUGGUGAAUGCCCAUGCUUUUGUCACUGUGUAUAAGCCUUCUGAUAAGCAUCGAUUUUUGUUCACGAUGCUCAAAGAGCUGUGCAAUGUUAAAUAUCUGACCUUAUCAUUAUGUGAUCUUAAGGAUGAGACAUCUUUUACGGCUGCUCUUCCAGAAUUUCACAAUUUAAUUCGUCUAAAGACCAAUCAUGCAAAGACUCAGAUGUUUCUGGAACAGUUUACUGGGAAGUGUCCUAAGCUCGAAGUUCUUGUCCUUAAUUAA